GAGACUGGUUUCUCCGCAGAGAGGUUCGUUCGAGCGGAGUAUCGCUGAAGAUAGUGGCUAAGAGAGGACUGUAAAGGAGUGUUCGAAGCAGAACCAGACUUUAUUCUUUAACAAAUGAACGGAACCCUCUACGAUUAGAAGUUUUCUUGAACAAUUUGGGAUCGGCAAUUGAGUUCAGUUCACGCUGUAUUUAAUUUGUCUUUUAUUUGUGGCUAGCUUUAAACCUAGCUGGCGACUGGUAUCGUGACUGUGCCUAUCAUUUUACGGGAAGGAAGGAACAUUCCGUUCUCGGGCCCCUUUCGUGCAAGUCAGGGAUGAGUUCUCUGUGCUACCAUAGCUGGCUCUAGACAGAUGGGAACAUUUUACCAGGAGCACCAUAAAGGUGCAACCCAUUGCAGAACUUUAACACCAACCUUCACUAACUGAAGAAAUGACCACAAUCUGCCAAAAAUUCUGCAGAGAACCAUAAGAAGGACUUUGAGUAUUUCUAUGAAAAAAUUGCAUGUGGAGGUAUUUUUAUGUGUGUGUGUGAACAAAAGUAUCUGCUGAAAUCUGUGUAACAGGGUUUUUUUUGGGAGGGAAUCUGCUCCAGUAAAUUAUCAGUGCAGGACACAUUUAUCAUUGUGGUACCUCUGGAAUAUUUAUCAUUAACGCAAAGCUAACAAGAUGAGUGCAGAGGGAUACCAGUACAGAGCGCUCUAUGAUUACAAGAAGGAGAGAGAAGAGGACAUUGAUUUGCACAUUGGAGACAUACUGGUCGUGAGCAAGGGGGCACUACUGGCACUGGGGUAUGCCGACGGGUUUGAGGAGAAGCCGGAGGAGAUUGGUUGGCUGCCCGGCUUCAAUGAAACCACACAGGAGAAGGGCGACUUCCCUGGAACCUACGUUGAGUUCAUUGGGAAGAAGAAGAUAUCGCCCCCAACGCCCAAACCAAGGCCGCCAAGACCCCUGCCUGUCGCUCCUGGCGCCUCCAAAGCUGACUCGGACACAGAGCAAGCCACCACGCUGCCGGACCUGACGGAGCAGUUCGCCCCCCCGGAGUCGGCCCCGCCCCUGCUCGUCAAGCUGCUGGAGGCCAUCGAGAGGAAAGGCUUGGAGUGCCCAACACUUUACAGGGCCUUCACUGCAGGAGGGGGACUGGAGGUCAGACAGUGCUUCGAUAGUGACUGUCCGGCGGUGGACCUGGAGCAGGUGGAGCUGCAGGCGCUGUGCGACGGCCUGAGGAGGUACCUGCAGGACCUGCCCCACCCGCUCAUCCCCACCUCCAUCUACAGCGAGAUGGUGCACGUGGCCCAAGAGGUGCAGAACCCCGAGGAGUGCGCCCAGCUGCUGCGGGGGAUCGGAGGCUCCCCCGGCGUCCCGCCCCAGUACUGGCUCACCCUCCGCUGCCUCGCCAAGCACUUCGGCCGGGCGUGCCAGAGCGCCGCCAAGAACCAGCUGAGCGCCCGCGCCCUGGGCGAGAUCUUCAGCCCGCUGCUGUUCCGCCAGCAGGCCGCCGGCUGCGAGCCCAGCCCGGACUCCCAGGUCAAGGUGAUCGAGGUCCUGAUCGGCAGCGAGUGGAGCGAGAUCCAGGCGGCUCCAGCACUGCCUCCUAAACCACCCAAACCCGCCCCCGUCACGAACAACGGUAUGAACAACAACAUGGCUCUGCAAGACGCAGAGUGGUACUGGGGAGACAUCUCCAGGGAGGAGGUCAAUGAGAAGCUGAGGGACACGGCUGACGGUACAUUUCUGGUCCGUGACGCCUCCACAAAGAUGCACGGAGACUACACGCUUACCUUGAGGAAAGGGGGCAACAACAAACUGAUAAAAAUCUUCCAUCGGGACGGGAAGUACGGCUUCUCGGACCCGCUGACCUUCGGCUCGGUGGUGGAGCUCAUCAACCACUACAGGCACGAGUCCCUGGCCCAGUACAACCCCAAACUGGACGUGAAGCUGCAGUACCCCGUGUCCAAACACCAGCAGGAUCAGGUGGUGAAAGAAGACAACAUCGAGGCGGUGGGCAAGAAGCUUCACGAGUACCACCUGCAGUACCAGGAGAAGAACAAAGAGUACGACAGACUGUACGAGGAGUACACCAGGACGUCGCAGGAAAUUCAAAUGAAGAGGACGGCUAUCGAAGCCUUCAACGAAACCAUUAAAAUAUUCGAAGAGCAGUGCCAAACGCAAGAGCGGUACAGCAAGGAGUACAUCGAGAAGUUCAGGAGGGAAGGAAACGAGAAGGAGAUCCAGAGGAUCAUGGUGAACUACGAGAAGCUCAAGUCGCGCAUUAGCGAGAUCGUGGACAGCAAGCGGCGGCUGGAGGAAGACCUGAAGAAGCAGGCGGCCGACUACAGAGAGAUCGACAAGAGAAUGAACAGCAUCAAGCCAGACCUCAUCCAGCUCCGCAAGACCAGAGACCAAUAUCUCAUGUGGUUGACCCAGAAGGGAGUCAGGCAGAAGAAACUCAACGAGUGGCUGGGAAUCAAGAACGAGAACACGGAAGAUCAGUACUCCAUGGUGGAGGACGACGAGGACCUCCCUCACCACGACGAGCGCUCCUGGAAGCUGGGCAACAUCAACCGGACCCAGGCCGAGUCCCUGCUCCGCGGGAAGAGGGACGGGACCUUCCUGGUGCGGGACAGCAGCAAGGCGGGCUGCUACGCCUGCAGCGUAGUUGUGGACGGCGAGGUGAAGCACUGCGUCAUCAACAAGACUCCGACGGGCUUCGGGUUCGCCGAGCCCUACAACCUGUACGGCUCGCUGAAGGAGCUGGUCCUGCACUACCAGCACACGUCGCUCGUGCAGCACAACGACUCUCUGAAUGUCACGCUGGCGUACCCGGUGUACGCGCACCAGAGGCGGUGAGACCCCGCGAGAGCGGGGGGGAAAAGAGACAAAAGAGAACUCGAACCCGGGACUCGCUGCGGGAGCCUCGAGGGGGUCCUCUCUGCCAACGGGGUGGGGGGGGGGCGGGGCCGGGGGCGGGGACGCCUCGUCUCGCGCUCAAGGAAACGGCGUCAGGCUGCAUUUUUGUAUUUUUCGCAGACCCGCCCGGAGAACCCGGAGAGGGAAAAGACUGUUUCAGGGCAGCGGAUCUCUGGGCAGCGCGGAGCGAUGAAUGUAGUUCUCUCUCUCGUGUGCUCUUGCAGGAAGAAGCACAAAAAAUCAAACGGGAAACUGCUGAACUGUCUCCCGAAGCGGAGGACGUUACGAGGCCUUUUCUUCAUGGUGCUUGUUCUUUUCAGAGCUUUACCAGCCGGAAUGUCAAACGCUGAUCAAACGCAGAUUUUUUAUUUUAUUUUUGUUUUUUUUUUUGUACAGUUUUUGUUUCUUCCCUCCUCCCAUCUCCUUGUUUUUGUUUCUCUCGUCCCACCGAGUGUGUGUGCGUCGGCGUACGGAUGUGUAUGAGUGCACGUGCGACCAAAAUGGCCAGGGCGGGGGGGGGCGGUCGAUACAGUCGUGUUAAUUGUCCAUUAACGAAACUUGGAUAAAUGUAGCAAGAUGGCACUUUUUUCCUCUUUAUUUUUGCAGACAAAAUAAGAUUCUCUGGAAAAGACUUUCUUUGGAAAGGAACGCUCAUUGCAAAAUUAGUUUCCCCCCCCCCCCUCCCUUGAAAGCAUUAUAGUGCAGACUUGAACUUCUGAACUGUGGACAUGCAAAAGUAACGGGCAGGAUGAGAAAUGCUCAUGGUAUAGACACACACACACACACAUGCGCACACAAGAUCCAUAUAACACCAUUAAACAUAUUGUUCAAAACCAAAAUAAUUCUGUUUAUUUUCAGAUUUAAUGCCAAUUCUGCUAUGCAAUUCUGUAUCUCCCUUACUUUCUUGAAUUACAUUUUUUUCCACAUGUAGCUACCCAUAAUAUAAGCUUGUUUUAUCGCUUGAAACAUUUUAUUGUUUCAUCAUGUCAGUGUCCAACAGGCUAUUUUGUGUCAAAUGCCAGGACAUUAACCGGCAUCAGUUUUAAAAAAUGAAAAUAUACUUAUUGCUUUUUUUUUUUUUUUUUUUUUUUUAAAUCAGCAACUGGUCUGAAGUCCACUGUAAAAAAUAUAUAUAUAAUAAAGUUUUAUUAGUUUUUACUUCAAACUCAUUUCUCAUGGGCAGAGCCUGUUGAGGAAUUAAAAGCUGCUUCAGUCAAUAAAUAGAAAAAUGUUUCAAAAGAGCCGCCCUUCUGUUUUUAUCAAAGAUCAAUUCCUGAAACUAAAGCACUCAGAGAGGUAAGGGAGAACUCUUAGAUAUAGAUGAAUAUUGUAAUCAGUUGGGUGCAUGUCUAACCUAUGAAGCACCAUGGUGUUUCACAUGCAUUUAGGCCUAUCUUCACAGUAAAGACAGUGUAAUUGUUUUAUUUUGUAAUAUAUAUUUUUUUCACGCAAAGGCAGAGUAAAGCAACUUGGUGUGUUGGAAUGCCGCAAAAUGUAAUUGAAAUGAUCAGUUAUGAGAUGAAAAAUGUUACCUUUCUCAUUCCUAGUUCACAUAGUAUUUUUUCUGUAUCAGAAAAUUCCUUAUGAGUGUUUACAUGGAUAGAACAAUUCAUGUCUCUUAGUCCUGAAUUUUGAUGCUAAAAUCCACGCUAUGCCAAUAAAUAGUAGUUCUGUUACUCUGAGAAAAAUAAAGUACCAAAAUGAAUUUAGCUGCCAACCGAAUACCUGUUUCUAGUAGUACAUCUUUUCAUCACAGCUGUAUUUUCAUUUUGAUAAUUGUCAUUUCUUGUAUCAUUUUUCUUUCCAUUGUGAAUAAAUCUCAAAUUAUUGCUUACAGUACACCUGUAGCUCAUAUGAUGGAUGAUGAGGUUGAUACUACACCACAGUUCAGUGAUCUCUGAAGAUGUGAAUUUGCCAAGCAGCCUUGCUUUGUACUUGCUGCUCUUGACAUUACAUUUCAGCCCUGUGCUCUGUAAAAAUGUGUGGCAAGCGCAAAUGAAAAUGCAAGCAUUUUAUGCGAUAGAUUGAUGUUGACCCCCCAGAUUAUUAUUAUUAUUAUUUUGGAGGAUAACAACUUUCUCAUUUUUUUGUUGAAAUAAGGUGUGUUUGCCUUAAAAUAAUCUAGAUGUUUUGCAUUACUUCCCCGGUCAGCUCUGUUUUGAACCUAACCAUUUAUGUUGUGUAACUCUAUUAGAGAUUUCUUAAAAAUUUACUAGUAUAUUUUCAAUUCCCUUUCUUUUGGAAAAUGUAAUAUUUUGUCACGUCCAUAUUUAGUUCUAAUCUUUAAACAUUUAGCUGCAUCCUGUAUGCAGAGUAAUCUUUGUGCAGCCGAGCCUUUUUCACAUCCUGACAGGAAUGGGUAGAAGACUAAAGAGGGUCUACGCAAACGUUUGUCAUACAGCCAUCAUAAAUGUGGUACCAAAAUUAUAACCUGUUUUCUCUUGAUUUGCAAAAAAAAAAAAAAAAGGGCAGGCUAAACAUUUGCUAACGGUGCAAAACAUGAAUGUGAAUAAUGAUGUCCCUGGUGUAAACUAUGUUUACAAUCUUUUUUUUUUUUUGUUUCCAAGUGUCUGACCUCUGAGCUUAUGUUGCCCCAAAAGGGCUUUGGAAAUAUCCUAAGGCUAAACUAUAUAAGCGCACAUGUCAUUUACAACAGUGCAAUGGAAAGAUCGAGGGUUAUAUUCAUGCUGUGGUAUGGCACCAAUGAUAGACCAGUUCUUUUUUUAUCAUCUCAGCUGCUUGAGAAGGCUUUUACUGCUCAGAAUCAGGCCUGUGCAUCAAAACCAGUGCAACCAUGCCAAAUGAUCACAAUGUACACUUUAUUUUGGCACGCAUUACUUUUUUCAUUGCAGUGAACUCAUUUCACUGAAGCGAUGCCUGUUCCUGGUGCACUGGACAUUUCUAAAGAGAACACAUCUAAACAAAUUCUUACCGGAGCCCAUGAACUCAAAUAGUGGCAGCCAUCACAUACAGAGGUUGUAUGCUUUGGAUAUUACCCGAGGGGUAGUGAAUAUCAAAAGCACCCCUUGGGCAGGUACUGGUUUGUUUAAGUUCCUAGAAUUUGUGGCCCAUGGUCUUACUUGUUUCUCUUGAUUUUUUCCCAACGUGUCGUUCUUUGGUUCCUCAGUCGCUGUCCCUGUGAAAACCAGCACUAUUUUGAGGCUUAGAUUUUUCAAAGUAAUUAAAACUAAAUGAUGAACUAAAGAUAGACAGAUGAAUGAAAGAUCAGGACUGGGUGGCAAGCCUGAGAUGAUGGAAGUUGCAGAUGUGUUGAUCAAGAUUUAAUCAGUGUUCCCCUGUUUUAAAACUGCUUCACACCUGUAUUGGGCUUUGUUAAAAGAAAAUAAAAAGUUGUUUUUUUUUGCAACAAGA